AUGGUGAGUUUGAGAGAACUAAUGGAGAUAAGAAAUGUAAAGAAAAUGCCAGGAUCUAGUUGGAUAAGAAAAUGUCUCAAAGGUGUACGCUGGCCUGGGAAUUUGGACAGAGAUCCAAAGGGCUGGAACAUGCCUCCUAAACAAAACCAAUUGAAAAUUGCAAUCAGAAGCAGAACCUCAUUUUCCAAGUUUAUCCAGGACUUCAAUGAUACAAACGGCAAUUGCCGAAUCUUCCUUCUUUCUACUAGGGCUGGUGGAUUGGGAAUUAACCUCACUGCAGCUGACACUUGCAUUCUUUAUGACAGUGACUGGAAUCCUCAAAUGGAUUUACAUGCCAUGGAUAGAUGUCAUAGAAUCGGUCAAACAAAGUCUGUUCAUGUUUACAGGCUCGCAACUGCUCAAUUAGUAGAGGGUCGAAUGUUAAAAAAAGCUUUCAGCAACUUGAAGCUUGAGCAUGUGGUGAUAGAGAAAGGACAGUUUCAUCAAGAGCGUACAAAGCCUGCCAUUGUGGAUGAGAUGGAGGUUUGUAUGGUAGCAGUAGCAUGCUAACGAUUUCUAAAUUUUUCUGU